ACAGGUGCCAUUUAAAGCUGUGUGCUUAGGGAAUGGCAGUGAGAGGAAGGGUGUCUGCAGAAUGGAAGAAACGAGUCAAGUCCGAAUACACUCGCCUCAGAUCCCUGAAAAGAUUCAAACGUGCAGAUGAAAUUAAGGCCGCCUGGAAUGACAACAGAGAAAAGCUUAAUAAACUUCUGGAAUCUGAGGACCAGUCAGUUGUUGGAAUGGGAGCUGUGUGGGUUUGUUCAGUUGAAGCUCCACCACACCAAGCUGUAAUGAGACGUACCCAUGUUACCUCUUCAUGCAGUGAGCCUCUCUGUGUUCCUAUCAAAACAAUAAAUGCAGUCAACCCCAUACCUACCAUGUACACAUGGGCACCACUUCAACAGAACUUUAUGGUGGAGGAUGAAACUGAACUACACAACAUUCCAUAUAUGGGUGAUGAAGUUUUGGAUCAAGAUGGCAAGUUCAUAGAGGAGCUUAUUCGCAACUACGAUGGCAAAGUUCAUGGUGACCGGGAAACAGGAUUCAUUGAUGAUGAAAUUUUUGUUGAACUCGUUGAUACCUUAGUACAGCAAUAUCAGAAAAAGGAGUCUGGGACAGAGAAGCUUGUAGAAAGGCGGAUGAGUGCAAGAAAAGAAUCAAACGACGAUGAAGAGGAGGAAGAGGAAGAGGAGGAAGAACAGGAAAUGGAGACAGACAAUGACAACAGUAAAGAUAUGGAGAAUGGAGAAGGUUCUUCCAUGGCAGAGAGGAAGGACUUCCCUUGCAUGGCCAUAUUCCAGGCAGUUUCUGCAUUAUUCCCUGACAAGGGUUCUCCAGAAGAACUUAAGGAGAAAUAUAUAGAACUCACAGAUCCCACUGCGCUGCCACCAGAAUGUACACCUAAUAUAGAUGGCCCAAAUGCAGAGAGUGUCCCUCAAGAGCAGACAAUGCAUUCGUUCCACACUUUGUUUUGCCGCAGGUGCUUCAAAUAUGACUGCUUCCUUCACCCCACCAAGGGAAGCACCGAAGCCACAGGUCUUGCCACAUCUCACCCUCGUCCACACGGUGGCAAACGCAAAAGCCCAGAACUAAGGCCCCUUUCUGAACCUUGUUCCCCUUACUGUUAUUUACAUCUGCCUGAUGCCAAAGAGAAAUUUGUCAUAGCAUCCUCAUCAUGUUUAUCUGACAAACUGAAAGAAGAUAACGAGUCAUCCAAUGAUGCUAAGCCAAGAAAAAUUCGCAAGCAUGCCUCUGUAGACUCAGGAAAUGAAGCCAGUUCAGAAGACAGCAAUGAUAGUAUCAGAAUGAGUAGCAGAAAGGGCAGUGACAAACUUACAAAUGGAUGUGUUGAUUUUGAAGGCAAAACACUUGCAAACAAUACAAAUGGAAAUCUCGUCGGUGUUCACAACAAGCGCAUUCUUGGAAGUGAUACCGACACAAUUCGAGCAAAUAAUAAGUAUGUUUACACCAAACCCAUGAGCAUGGAUACUCUUGCUUGGAAAUUAGUUGAUGGUGAUGAUCCAUGCAAUCUCAGCACUUGGUUGGGCUCGGAGGCGUCAAUGUUUCGUGUCUUACAUAAAGUGUUCUUGAACAAUUAUUGUGCUAUAUCCCAGGCCAUCCUGACAAAGACAUGCCAACAGGUAUAUUAUUUUGCUCAGAAAGAAGCCACUGAUUUACCAGCAGUUGCUAAUGUCAAAGAUAACACACCGCCUAGGAAGAAGAAAAAGAAACAUCGGCUGUGGUCGAUGCAUUGUCGUAAAAUUCAGCUCAAGAAAGAUUCAUCAAGCAAUCAUGUAUAUAAUUACUCACCAUGUGAUCACCCCAAUCAGCCAUGUGACCAGAACUGUGGAUGUGUCAUGACACAGAAUUUUUGCGAAAAAUUUUGCAAUUGCAGUCCAGACUGCCAAAAUCGGUUUCCGGGCUGUCGCUGCAAAGCGUCUUGUAACACAAAACAGUGCCCUUGCUUUCUGGCUGUUCGCGAGUGUGACCCAGAUCUUUGUGUUACUUGUGGAGCUCAUGAAUUUUCGGUCAACAAGAUUACUUGUAAAAAUGUGUCUGUACAGCGUGGUUUACACAAACAUUUAUUAAUGGCACCAUCAGAUGUUGCAGGAUGGGGAAUAUAUCUCAAAGACUCAGCUCAGAAGAAUGAGUUCAUCUCAGAAUACUGUGGCGAAAUAAUAUCUCAAGAUGAAGCUGAUAGACGUGGAAAAGUUUAUGACAAGUACAUGUGUUCAUUCUUGUUUAAUCUCAACAAUGAUUUUGUUGUGGAUGCUACACGCAAAGGCAACAAAAUUCGUUUUGCUAAUCACUCCAUAAACCCUAACUGCUAUGCGAAAGUCAUGAUGGUGAAUGGUGACCACCGAAUUGGAAUCUUUGCCAAGAGACACAUACAGUCGGGAGAGGAACUGUUCUUUGAUUACAGAUAUGGUCCAACAGAACAGCUCAAGUUUGUUGGUAUAGAGAGGGAGAUGGAGUUUUUAUAAAAAAUGAUCGUGUUAAUAUGAGAAGACUCCUCACACAAGCUUGGAUAACAGGUAGAGUCACUAAUUUUUUUUUAUUUUGCUGUUGCUGUUUUUAUCAAAAUAACAUACAGGUUUUAGUAUUGUUGACGGUAUGAGAAAAAAGUGAAAAUGGUGAUACUGAGUGUUUGGUUAAUAAGGUUAACUGUUCAGCAUUGUACUUAAUUCUUCUGUGGAUAAUUUUUAGAACAAUUUUAUUUUAUAUUGUCAAAUGAUAUGAGAUUUGACCUUGUAAAUGUGUGUAUGUGUAAAGGAUUGUGUCAUAGAAAUAAUAAAUGCCUUUUGACACUUCUUUUCCACCUCAAGACCUCAGGUGUAAGAGCACACUUGAUGCAGUACAGUACUUCUAUUUUUGUACAAUUUAGUACUGUAACUUAAUAAAAAAAAAUUGAUUAGUCCAUCUUAGGAGUUUUGAGAUUAUUUUUAUCAUAUUGGAUUAUGAAAGAAUGUAGAGUAUGUUAAGCUUAGUAUUUUCUCUUUCAAGUGUAGUUGUGUCAUAUCAUUCCUUGCCAAUAAGAUGUAUUAACUAAGUGUUAUUGUAGAUUAAACUGUAGUACACACAUAAAGUUUGGUUACAGAAGAAUCUCAUUUCAAUCUUGUUAUUCAGGUUGUCCUUCGUAAGUUUACAAAAAGGGUUUUAAAAUGUGGUUUCAGUAUGAUGUUCCAGUAGUAAGUAACCUGCAGAAGUAGGUUCUGGCAUCUUCUGAAGGAGCCUUUUCAUUUCACAGAAUUAUUGGCAAGCUUUAUAAAUUAAAAACUAAAGUAAGCUGUCAUCCUUAGGCUUUUUGCAGCAUCGAAUCUUGUAUGAUCACAUGUUAUUUUAAAUUAAAAGAAACUACCAUGGAAAGUGGCAGAACUUUAAAAUUGUUAGAACAUAAGCUUUGCAGAGAUAUUUGUAAAUAAAGUACUUGGUGAUCAAAGUUUUAUUUAAUACUGUAUGGCUGAAAAUGGUUAUUUUCAAAGUUUUGCUGUAUAUUUUGUUAUUCUGUGCAAGAAACAGGUCAGUAUUGUAAGUCAUUGUGACUUUUGAGGAGGACAUAGAGAACUACGUAAGACUACCAUCAUUUUAGGUAAUUUUUUUAUCUGCUUGGGUUACAUGAUGAUAAAUUUUUUAUUUAAUUUCAAAUACUAGAUCAAUAAAGAAUUGAAUCAAGUUUUUAUAUGGCCAGUUCUUCAGUUGAAAGUAAAAAGUGCUGUAGUUUGUUUUGUUUAGAGGUGUGAGAAAUUUUGUGUGGAUAAUGACAUUGAAAGGGAAAUUUUUUAUUUUUAUAGUCCAUCAUUAUUGUUGUUGAUGAUUAAGUGCAGUAGAUGAAUUUUGAAGGACUGUAUUUUACAACAUGGUCAUGCCAGUUUUUGAAUAAGUAGGGCUUUAAAGUUAUGGUGCUGAGGGUAUUUUUUAUUAUUGUGUUGGUAUAGUAUAAUAAUUUUUGUUUUAAAUUUCAAUUUGUGGCAAAAUGAUUUUCCAAGCUAAUAUUGCUGAGUUGGAAAAGUAAGUGUAAUUUUGUAAAGGUGGGCAAAUAGACAAUUGUGGAGAAUUCAUUACUUCAAAUACAGUACUACUUGCAAACAGUGAAUGCUUUAAUUCAGUAAGUAUACAAGAGAAUGUGCAAGAGAGUAAGUGAUACAUUUGGUGAACUAUUCCAUGUGUUUGUUUAUAUUGUAACCUUCUAGUAAAGAGCACACGACUGUGUAUUGUCAAAUUUUUUAAUAAAUUUUUUACAUGAAUGGUGUAGAUUUUGCCCCAAUGGAAGAAGAUCAAAUAAUAUAAAACGAGUCUUUCUUCUUUUAGUACAGUUUUGGAUGAUGUGUACACUGAAGUGGCCAAUUUACAUGGAGUGUUGGAUGAUUGACACAUGUCUGAAGUCUGUAUUGUUAUCAAGAUGUAAUGUUAAUAUUGCAGAUGUAAACUUAGCAUGUAAUGACGUGUUCUACUUGUGAAAUAAACUUUGUGUAAAGCAAGUGUUGGAUGUGUUCUUUUAUCAAGGAAACUUUUGUAAGAACUUUGACAAAUGUCGUAAAAGCUUAGGUUUUUCUUAUAUUUUAUUGAUGAAUAGAACAAAUACAGUUCUAAAACUGAA